UAUUCAGUGAAAAGUUGCGAUUACUAAUUUUUUUAUAAAUUAGAUAUUUAUAUUUGUGUAAUCUUAUAAGCAAUAUUUAUUUAUUUAUAUAGAAAGUACAUAUUUGGAUAUGCUUCCUCAAAAGUUGACGUAUAUGACAUGCCAAUGAUCAGAUGCUCCCUGAGAGACCUAGUCUUGUUUACUUAGGAGGAAUAGUGGCACCCUUUUUUAUGGUAAUCCCUUCCCAAGAUCUUAUAGGGUAGUCUCAGAUCUUCUGAAACGAUUCUUUGAAGAAAUUAACAAUUUAUCCGAUCGGGUCACUAAGAAUUCCAGAUUUGUACAACUUCCCAUGCGAUAACAAAAGCAAAGAAUUGCUUCUAGAUGAGACCAUCCACAACAUAAGAAAUACUAAACCCAUAAAGCUGGUCUUGUGACUGAGGAUUUCACGAAAGCAACGUUAGUGUUUGUUUGUUGUAAUGCAUAACUGAUUUAGCACACAACUCCCUCUCUCAGAAUAGUAUAAAUUACAAAUCUUAGGGGCAUUGUCCAUUCCCUUGGCCAUAAAAGACAAUCCCUCUAGUCUCUUAGGCUCAAUAUUACCAGCUAUAAAAAUCCUUGAAUAUGACAACAAAGACAUCCUGGAAACUAACCAGUUUGCUCAUUCUCUUUACAUUCUUGACUUGUUCUUUCUCAUACACAUUCACCAUCAUCAACAACUGUCCACAAACUAUAUGGCCUGGUACACUUGCAGGUUCAGGGAGUCCUCCACUUGCAACAACCGGAUUCCGGUUGGACACGGGUCAAAGCAUCAAACUCACGACUGUCCCAGGUUGGUCAGGACGGAUAUGGGCAAGGACUGGUUGUAAAUUUGAUACAGCCGGAGUUGGCAGAUGCCAAACAGGUGACUGUGGAGGAAGGCUGGAAUGUGAGGGAAAUGGUGCUGCUCCUCCUACCUCACUGUUUGAGAUAACACUUGGUGCAGGCAAUGGACAAGACUACUAUGAUGUUAGCAUGGUAGAUGGUUACAAUUUGCCAUUACUCGCUCUACCACGAGGUGUACAUGGUGGUGCCUGUAAUGCGACAGGUUGUAUUACUGAUAUUAACAGAGGUUGCCCAGCAGAACUUCAAGUAUUAGGAGGUGUCCAAAAUCAAGGGGUAGUGGGGUGUAGGAGUGCUUGUGAGGCAUUCAAGUUGGAUAAGUACUGCUGCAGUGGAGAAUUUGCAAAUCCAAAUACAUGCCAGCCUUCAUAUUAUUCAACCUUAUUCAAGAAGGCUUGUCCAAGAGCUUAUAGCUAUGCGUUUGACGAUGGCACCAGCACUUUCACUUGCAAAGCAUACGAAUACGAUAUUGUUUUCUGUCCCAACAGCAACGGGUACACACUACACAUCAUCGCACUCAUUCAAUUAAUUUCCUUUCCCAUUCAAUUUAUUUCCAAUUUUCCAUACUUUCACAGGAGAAGAACCAUUACUAACAUUUUACAUUACCACACAGAAUCGGAAGACCAAAUCCUGCAUCUCCACCUCCACCAAUUAGACAGCCCUAUUGGAAGCAUCACCAGGUCACUUCCUCAACAAAUAUUUUAUUACCCUUUCCAGCGCCAAUCUUUCUCUUGGUUCUCACUCUUACUUUCUUGGCAUUUGUAACACACGGCAAAUGAUAUAAAAAAUCAACAAGAUAUCCUCAAGGGAUUUCCAGAAGGGAAAAAAAUGGCCAAAUCAAUGAGACGGAAAUGAUGAACCACGGAAAUAUUACAGUUGAAGAACCCUCUGUGAACAAAUGAUUCAGAAAGUACAGUUCUAAAGCUCCAGUGGUAAGCUAGGGGGCUUAUUAAGAACUAAUGGAUAUCAUACAAACAGCAUCCGGUCAUAAUUCCAGUCUACUGAUUAUUCUCUCGAGAUAGCUAGGAAAUCUUGAAAAAAAAAUUUAAGGAAACAAUGUAACCCAGGAACCUCAAAUUCAUUCUCUCAUAUUCUAUAGUACAUGUU